AUGAGUUUUCCAAAAAACCCAUUGAUCCCGAGUUUUGUGUACACAAGUCAAUCAAAUAAUCAGGAUCAACAAAACCGGCAUGGUUUUGUUGUUCCGGCACCGGCCGAGAAGGGAGCAAUCGAGAUGUUUUCACCGGCGUUUUAUUGGGCCUCCGCCGCCGGUGGGCUGUUGAGCUGCGGUCCGACUCACACCGCCGUCACCCCACUUGACAUCGUCAAGUGCAAUAUGCAGAUUGAUCCGGUAAAGUACAAAAGUGUUGGCUCUGGUUUUAACGUGGUGCUAAGGGAGCAAGGCCUGAGAGGCUUCUUCAAGGGGUGGGCCCCGACUUUGCUCGGGUACAGCGCGCAGGGCGCUUUUAAAUACGGCCUGUACGAAUAUUUCAAGAAGUAUUACUCGGAUGUUGUGGGCCCCGAGCACGCUGCCAAGUACAAGACGUUGAUCUAUCUGGCGGGCUCGGCUUCGGCCGAGGUUAUAGCCGAUGUAGCCCUAUGCCCGUUUGAGGCGGUUAAGGUUCGGGUCCAAACCCAACCGGGCUUCGCCAGGGGUUUGGUCGACGGGCUUCCGAAGAUUGUCCGGACCCAAGGGGUUGCCGGGCUGUACAAAGGGAUUGUUCCACUUUGGGGACGACAAAUUCCAUAUACAAUGAUGAAGUUCGCGACGUUUGAGAACAUUGUCGAGGGCAUAUAUAAGUACGCCAUCCCGACUCCAAAGAACGAAUGCAGCAAGAGCUUGCAGCUUGGCAUUAGCUUUUCGGGUGGGUACAUAGCUGGCGUUUUAUGUGCCGUUGUUUCGCAUCCUGCAGACAACUUGGUCUCUUUCCUCAACAAUUCUAAGGGAGCGACUAUUGGCGAUGCUGUGAAAAAGCUGGGGUUGUGGGGUCUUUGCAGCCGAGGCCUCCCUCUUCGUAUUGUCAUGAUCGGUACACUCACCGGAACACAGUGGGGCAUCUAUGAUGCAUCCAAGGUCUUCUUUGGCCUGCCUACUACUGGUGGAAGUCAUGUUCCUGCACCAAAGUGA